AUGGAGCAAGCUUUCGUGCAGAUUCCCUUUGGGAGUCGCAGGAUAAGUGCAGUGGGCGCAACAGGCUCACCAGGCUCAGCGCCUAGACAAGAAGUAUGCAAGGCAUGCAGAGUUUCCGCAUGGUGGUUGCCGGUUGCGCUCGGAUCGUGUGGCUUCGGCGGCUACAAGUCCAGGGUCGGGAGAGUGCCAUUGAAGUGUUUGAGGGCACUUUCCACAAGAGAUCCUGUUAAGAGGGGCGAAAUACUUCCUGCACAGCCGGUGCCGGAGGGGAUCGUUGCACCACCUUAUGUCGCCGAUCCAGAUCAAGUCCGUGGCUGGUGGAACUCACGAAUCGAACGCAAGACCGAUCGUGAUGUUGAGGCAAUGAAGUCUGCUGGACAGCUGGCACAUGCUGCCUUGGAUCUUGCAGCAGAUCUAAUUCGUCCCGGCAUAACGACUGAGCAGAUGGACAAGGAGAUACACACCUUUAUUUGUGAUCAUGGAGCCUACCCCAGCGAUCUCCAGUAUAAGGGCUUUCCGAAGAGUGUCAUGAUCAGCAUCAACGAGGUGAUCUGCCAUGGUAUUCCAGAUUGCCGCGAGCUGGAGGAUGGCGAUUUGGUGAAUGUAGAUGUCACGCUGUACCGGCAUGGUUUCCAUGCAGAUACUGCACGUACUUGGAUGUGUGGUCAAGCAGAUGCAGCAGGCGAGCGUCUUGUUGCAGCAACCCGCGAGGCCUUGGAUGCUGCUGUCGCUGUUUGCGGUCCCGGAGCCCCUUUGAAAGCCAUCGGUGAUGCAGUAGCAGACAUUGCUGAGCGCGAAAGCUUCGGCAUUGUGAAGACCCUCGUCGGACAUGGAAUCGGAGAGUUCUUUCACGGAGUUCCACAGAUCUUUCACUGCCGCAACAGCGACAACCGAAAGAUGCAGGAAGGCACAACCUUCACCAUCGAGCCAGUUCUGACCGAAGGCUCUCCGGAGUGGUUCACGUGGGAAGAUGGAUGGACGGUUGCGACAUCCGAUGGAGGUCGAGCGGCCCAGUUUGAGCACACAGUGCUGAUCACAGCCAAAGGCUGCGAGGUUCUGACUUGA